AUGAUUUGUUCAUUGACAAAUGGUCAAAGUAAUAUUGCACCUCUUGGAACAGCUUAUAGAUGGGCAAAGAAUGUUGCCUCAAACUCAAACUCAAAUAGAGCCACUGCCCCUGGUCUAAAUGAUGGUGUUCUGAAUGUUGACGUCAACCUUAAUGGAGGCACUGUUGAGAAUGACUUGUUACAAACAACUACGAAUGGCAAUACAUGGACUGACCUCGCCUGGACACUCUCACCCGCUUACCCAUUUGAUAGCCCUUCUGCCACUGGAGUGACAUUCACCUACUUCUCCAGCACACCAGUUUCCGUCCUUGGAGUUCGCGUCACUGGACAAGCUCAUUGCCUCAACAAGAACUCUGACUGGUCCAACAUCCGCGAAAUCUAUGUCAUCAACUCCAACGCAACUACUCCAACUCCUACCGCCACCCCUACUCAAACCCCAACCUCAACCCCAACUCAAACUCCAACUCAAACUCCAACUCAGACCCCAACUCAGACCCCAACUCAAACUCCAACUCAAACUCCAACUCAGACACCUACUCAAUCACCUUCCACUUGCACUCAGGACAUAGUUGUCCCGAAUGUCAAUGGUAGAACAUGGCCAAAUAGUUGUACGACUGGAGCUUCAAAUAGCUUUGGAACACUCACUAAUGCCUCGGGCGAGAUCAUAUUGGAUGUUGAGGGACAGGUCUAUUCAAAUGUUCGUCUAGAUGGUUCGAUAAUAGUAUUGGCAUGCAAUGUUGUAAUUCGUAAUGUUGAGGUAUGGAAUGGUGUACCAUACACUGGGGAUAGCACCCCGGACGUAUUCCCAAUAUGGCUGCGUCAUCCAGAGACCUGUGGCGUGACAUUGGACCGAGUGUCAGUGCUGACAAAGCCCGCGCCAAAUGUAUACAUCACCAACUCCAUCCGUGUUGCAUAUGGGGCCAGCGUCACCAUCACCAACUCCAAGUUCAUUGGACCACAACAAGGCAUCACUGUGGCGACCGGCCUCCUAAAGAACAACUACGGCGUGCUGGGCACGACCAUGCGUGGUGAUCACAACCAGGACAUCCUGUGCACGGGCACAACAGGUCUGACGAUCCAGAACAACACGUUCCUGAACCCCAACCUCCAGACAUCAGUCCUGUCACUGUUCACCGACUAUGGACCCAACCACAACCUGUUGGUUCGUGACAACUUGCUCGCGGGAGGUGGCUACACAGCCUACUGUGGCGACGGAUUGACCGAUCACUCUGGCAACCCAACACCAGCCAGCAAUGUCAGCUUCAUCAACAAUGCCUUCUGGCAAUACUACUACCCAUCUGUUGGAUACUAUGGCGAGGGACGUGACUACAGCUCCACAGGCGGUGGUCAAUGGUCCAACAAUGUCUACAUGACCUCCUCUGGCGUCCUCACCACUCAACUUGUUCCUCAGCCACCUCCAACCUCAUCACAUUAA